UUCGCCGCAACGAGCGAAUUGUGAGACCGGUCGGAACGCGUUUAAGACGAAUCCGUAGUUGUGGUUCACAGUACUUAGCGGUUGUUUGAAAGCCUGUAUGAGAGAAGGGACUUACGUUAAUUAACAACGAGUUGUCCGAGUUCCGCGUUUUCUAUUUAGCAGAGUAACUGACCCUUUAACGAUAACACCAGCAGCUCCACGCAGUAGCCGAGAAUUUUCCGCAGAAUGUCUAAACCUCCACGAUAGAAAGCCUCAGCGGCACAAUGGACAGCCGUUGGCUCGGCUUUCUGUUGCUCCUUAUGGGAGUUUCCUGUGAGCACGUGAGGGAUCUUGAAGUGUCCGAAGGUGCUCCCACGGGAACCAGGAUAGGGUUCAUAGGUGAUGGAGCUUCAGAUAGUGGUCCACCUUACUUGAUAGUUGCCGACUUUGGAAGUAUUGUAGAUACAGAUUUAUCGAUAGACCAAACGACCGGUGAAAUUCGAACAAAAGUGCCUUUAGAUCGCGAGACGCGUGCUAGUUACUCUCUUGUUGCGAUUCCAAUAAGUGGUGAUAACGUUAGAGUCGUGGUGAAAGUUUUAGACGAAAACGAUAACGCACCCACAUUUCCUACAUCGGUUAUGAACAUAGAAUUUCCAGAAAAUACUCCCAGAGACGUGAAACGAACCCUUCAUCCUGCAAGGGAUGCCGAUUUGGGGAUAUACAACACUCAAAAGUACAACAUCGUAUCUGGAAACGUCAACGGUGCCUUUAGACUAUCGUCCCAUCGGGAACGGGAUGGCGUGUUAUACUUGGAUCUCCAAAUAAACGGUUUCCUCGACAGGGAGACUACUCCUUACUACAGUUUAGUAAUCGAAGCUUUAGAUGGAGGAAGUCCGCCGUUAAGGGGCGAAAUGACUGUAAAUAUUACUAUACAAGAUGUUAACGACAAUCAGCCCGUUUUUAACCAGACUCGAUAUUUUGCAAGUGUACAAGAAAACGCCACGGUCGGUACAAGUGUGCUGCAAGUGUUUGCGACGGACAGUGACAUUGGAGAAAACGGUCAGGUGGAGUACUCCAUUAAUCGUCGGCAGAGCGACAAGGAUAACAUAUUUCGCAUCGACGCCAGCACGGGAGUGAUAUCUGUUAACAAGCCAUUGGAUUAUGAAGUGAAAGAAAUGCAUGAGAUUGUAGUGGUAGCUAGAGACCACGGUCUACAACCUCUUGAAACUACAACGUUCGUAUCCAUCAAAGUAACAGACGUAAAUGACAACCAGCCGAUCAUUAACGUAAUAUUUUUGAGCGAUGAUGCCACCCCGAAAAUUUCUGAAUCAGCGCAACCAGGCGAAUUUGUUGCCAGAAUUUCAGUCCACGAUCCCGACUCGAAAACUGAAUAUUCAAACAUGAACGUCACAUUAAACGGAGGCGAGGGACAUUUUGGCUUAACCACGAGAGACAACAUCAUAUAUUUGAUGAUAGUAUCACUACCACUUGACAGAGAAAGUCAGCCAAAUUACACUUUAAGUGUCAUUGCAACCGACACGGGUAAGCCACCCCUUCAUGCAUCUAAAACGAUAAAUCUCAUGGUUACCGACAUCAACGAUAACGCUCCCGAAUUCGAACAGAAAAUUUACUAUGCGAACGUGAUGGAAGUAUCCGAUCCCGGUACGUCGGUUAUACAAGUGAUCGCCCACGAUAAGGACGAAGGUAAUAACAGUGCGAUAUCGUAUUCGUUGGAAGAGAACCAGGAGAAUCACUCGUCCUGGUUCCAGAUAGACUCAAAAAGUGGUUUAGUGACGACUCGUGCGCAUGUUGAUUGUGAAACGGACCCUGUGCCGAUUUUGAUGGUUGUCGCUACGGACAGCGGGUUUCCGCCCUUGUCUUCGACGGCUAUAGUGAAUGUGACGAUACAUGACGUGAACGACAACGAGCCCAUCUUCGAUCAGAGUUUCUACAACGUUUCGGUGGCGGAAAAUGAAAGGAUAGGACGCUGCAUUUUAAAGGUUUCCGCUACUGAUCCGGACUGCGGUAUUAAUGCUAUGGUUAAUUACACAUUUGGGGAUGGUUUCGGGAAACUAAAGCAGUUCGAGAUUCGUCCGACAACUGGUGAAGUUUGCAUUACUUCUGAAUUGGAUUAUGAGACCAGAAAUGUUUAUGAGUUUCCAAUUAUUGCAACUGAUAGAGGAGGUCUCAGUACAACAGCAAUGGUAAAAAUUCAAAUAACCGACGUUAAUGAUAACUUUCCGGUCUUCUACCCUCGAGAAUACAACGUUUCUCUCCGCGAGGGCGGUGUAUCUUCAUCAGCGACGACACCUGUUGUAGUGGUGGCCGCGACUGAUGCAGAUUCCGGUCGUUUCGGCACCGUCAACUACAGAAUAGUUGCCGGAAAUGAUGCUGGUCUUUUUCGGAUUGAUCGCAAUACCGGUGAAAUUUUUGUUAGCAGACCAAAUAUGCUGUUAAGAAGGAGUCAGCCUUAUCAUCAUCUCAACAUUUCAGCCAGCGAUGGAGGUAAUUUGAAGUCCGAAAACGACGCUGAGGUUUUUAUAAGUGUCACCGACUCAGCUCAAAGGCCACCCAUAUUCGAAAAACCGCGAUACACGUUUUCGAUACAAGAGGAUGUCAAAGAAAAUACCAUCGUGGGAGUUGUUAAAGCUGCUCUUAUGGAUUCUGGUGGACACAGGUCGAUUCGCUACUCUAUUUAUUCCGGAGAUCCAGAUGGAUUUUUUCGCAUCGAUCCAGUCAGUGGUUCAAUACGCACAGCUCGAAAUUUGGAACAUGAAAGUAGAGCAAGUGUUUUAUUGAACAUCCAAGCCACUAGUGGAGAUCCACCAGCAUAUGGUCAUGCCCAGGUUAAUGUCGAUAUUUUGGACGUCAAUGACAAUGCUCCCGAAUUCGAAUCCAAUACAGUUAGAAUAUCGGUCCCCGAAAAUGUGGAAGUCGGCGUUCCACUUUAUGCAGCCAAUGCAAGAGAUAACGAUUCAGGUCUAAAUGGGGCGGUUCAAUACAGACUGGUGAACACAGGAUCCAGUGCUGGUCUUUUUGCCAUCGAUCCAAAAUCUGGCCACAUCACUAUUACACGAUCCCUAGAUUAUGAGUCCACUCAAAGACAUAAUCUAAUCGUCACUGCUACUGAUAAAGGUGUACCGCCGUUGUCGUCCAACCUCAGCAUCAUCGUCGAAGUCCAAGAUGUUAACGACAACCCACCAGUGUUUGAACAGAAGGAAUACACUGCGAAAAUAUCAGAAUCGUUGCCAAUCAGUUCACAGAUACUCCAAGUUACAGCUAUCGAUCUCGAUACCGGAAACAAUGCCAGGUUGACAUAUCGACUGGCCUCGACGAAUAAUUCGAAUCGUUUUUCGAAUUCCGUCGAUAUUUUCGGUAUUUUCCCUAACAGCGGUUGGAUUUACCUACGUAACAAUCUCGAUCGGGAACAGAAAGAAAACUACGACCUCAUAGUUGCAGCAACUGAUAACGGCACCCCGUCGCAAACCGCCACCGCAAAAGUUACGGUAAAAGUGUUAGACGCGAAUGACAAUGAUCCGGUUUUCUUGAGUGAUUCGUACGAAUUUAGCGUGGAAGAAAAUCAACGAAGAGGUGCUUUCGUGGGGGUCGUUUCUGCCACCGAUGCCGAUAUUGGACUCAAUGCUGCUUUGAGAUACAACCUCAUACCUGGAAAUACCAGCUUUCAAAUCAGUCCAACGACCGGGGAAAUAACCACAAUUAGCAGUUUAGAUCGUGAGUUUAAAGAGUUUUACGAUCUCGUAGCCGAAGCUAGAGACCAGGGGACUCCGUCCAGAAGCUCUCGAGUUGUCCUUAAGAUCAAAGUUCUCGAUGUUAACGAUAACGCUCCUGAAAUUGUUGAUCCACAAGAAGACGUUGUUAGUGUUCGCGAAGAGCAACCUCCAAAUACAGAAGUUGUCAAGGUAAAAGCGAUUGAUCCCGACAAUGGAAACAACGCUUCAAUCAUAUACUCACUCGUAAAUAAUCGGGAAUCGGACGGCUACGGGAUCUUUACCAUCGAUCAACUCACCGGCGUCAUUCGUACCAGGAUGGUGCUUGAUCAUGAAGAAAAGACAAUCUACAGAAUCGAUAUUGCCGCGUCCGACAAUGGAAAUCCACCAAAACAAACCAUCCGAAUGCUGAGAGUUGAAGUAUUAGACCUGAACGACAAUCGGCCUACUUUUACUAGUUCGAGUUUGGUGUUUCAAGUUAAAGAAGACGUUCGUAUUGGAUUCAUCGUUGGAUCAGUAGCGCCUUCAGAAUCGUUGGAAAGUGAAAACGUUAUACCCGAAAGUUCAGGUGGGCACGUGAUGUAUACUUUAAAUUCGCUAACUUCCGAUCAAACGGAUGCGUUCGAUAUCGAUAGAAGUACAGGAUCUCUGAUCGUUGCCAAACAACUAGACCGAGAGGUGCAAUCAGAGUAUAAACUUGAGGUCCGUGCUUUAGACACAAGUGCAAUAAAUAACCCACAAAGUAGUGCGGUCACUGUUCGCGUGGAGAUUACUGACGUGAACGAUAACGCACCGGAAUGGUCUCAAGAUCCUGUUACGAUACAAAUCGCUGAAAAUUCAGAAGUUGGUCUACCGUUUUAUAACUUAUCAGCUUCCGAUGCUGAUUCGGGAAGUAACGGUGAAAUUCGAUACAGUUUGCUACAACAAACUCCCGAAGGACAUACCUUUAACGUCGAUCCACUAACCGGUACACUAACUCUUAUGGAAACUUUAGAUUAUGAAAAUGUGUCCGAAUACGUGCUUAUUGUUGAAGCAACUGAUCAGUCCCCAAACUUGCCAGAGCGACUGAGUACUUCAGUCACUGUCAGAAUUAUAGUUACUGACUCAAACGAUAAUUCGCCCAAAUUCGUAAUUCCCACAACUUCUAACAUUUUCAUCAGUGAUUCUGCCAUUGUGGGUAUGGCAAUAACAAGAAUCAUCGCCGUGGAUAGAGAUCAUGGCGACAAUGGACGCGUCACCUAUGUGAUAACCAAUGGAAACGAGCAAAGACAAUUUUCUUUAGGAUAUGAUAACGGAAUUUUAACUCUGGCUAAACCCAUUUCAUCUGCUAUGGCGUCGAAUACCUACACUUUAAAUAUAACAGCCAGUGAUCAUGGGACACCGACAAGGCAAACUUUUAUUGUGCUAAACCUAUCUGUAAGAGACUCUAAUGACAACCCUCCUAGAUUUCACAAUGCUAUUUAUUACGCAAACGUACCAGAAGAAGCUUCCUCCGGUACAUUCGUAAUUAAAGUAUCCGCGAACUCCAGCAUGGGCGAAGGAAAAUACUUGCAAUACUUUAUACCACCUGGUAUCGCAAAUGACGCGUUUAUCAUAGACUCAUCUUCUGGAAUAAUAACUACGAAAAAUGCACUGGACAGAGAGGAAACAGAAACCUACAACAUACCAGUUUAUGUAUUAGAUGUGGGAGAAAGAAAUAUGAUUUCGCCCAAGUCACAGUUUGAUGUUACCACGGUUUCUGUUACCGUUACCGACAUAAACGACCAUGCGCCUGCAUUUCGUCAAGGAUCAUGUUAUCCACUUGCUAUUCCGGAAAACAACAAGCCUUCGGUAGUCCACACAGUUGUAGCAAAUGAUUUAGACAGUGGGAAAAAUGCUGAAGUUAUCUACGCUAUCACAGGAGGAAACGUUGGAAACAUGUUUAGCAUCGACCCAAAAACAGGUCAACUAAAAGCAAGAUCUUUGGACAGGGAAUCAAAUCCGCGUUUCAAGUUGACAAUUACAGCACAAGAUCGUGGUAAUCCACCUUUAAGUGGAUUCUGUAACAUAUCCGUAUUUCUAGAAGACCAAAAUGAUAACGAUCCGAUAUUUGACAAAUCAAAUUAUAUGGCAACGAUAUUAGAAGAUGUUCCGCCAGAUACCUCGGUCCUCAAGGUGCAUGCCACUGACGCUGAUAUUGACCUGAAUGGUAGAAUUAUUUAUUCCUUGGCCAACGAAAAUCAAUCUUUAUUUCGAAUAGACAACAAAACUGGGAUUAUAACUACUACUGGAUUUUUUGAUAGAGAAAGACAACAGGAAUAUAAUUUUUUAGUUGUUGCCACUGACAGUGGAAAAUACGAUGCUCGCUCUCAAAGAGUCGCAAUCAAGGUUUUGAUAGGUGACGUGAACGAUAAUAAACCUAUCUUCGUACGGUAUCCUUUCAAAGAAAAGGUUUCUGCGUACAUUCAACCCGGACAGACGAUUCUGAAAGUAUCGGCCAAUGAUUUGGAUCAAGGGACUAAUUCCGAAAUUGUAUAUAAUUUGGCAAACGACAAUAAUUUCGGCAAAUUUCGCAUGAAUCCAAACACAGGGGUGUUAACAGCUACUCAAAGCCUUGCAAGUGAAAAUGGUCGCACCCUCUACAUUAAUGUAAUCGCCACUGACAAGGGAAAUCCGCCUCAAAGUUCCAACGGUCUCAUAGAAAUAAAUGUGGGCGAUAUUCCCGAUGGCUUUCCCAAACUUCGGUUCCAAAACAGUUCAUACGUUGUUGUCCUUCCAGAAAACGCCAAUCAGUUCCGAGAUGUUAUUCAAAUAUCUGCAGUGAGAACGGACGGUCGUAAACAGAAGAUUUUCUACUCGUUCGGGAACGGUAACGAACUGAACACAUUUGUAAUUAAUUCGGAAAGUGGCAUUAUACAAGUGCGUGACUCAAAACAUCUUGAUUAUGAACAACGAAAAGAAAUAAAACUUGUCGUGGAGGCUCGAACCGAUGGAAACCCCUCGUUACACGGAUAUUGUGAUGUGAUUGUGAAGUUGACUGAUCAGAAUGACAACGCACCGACAUUUACACAACAGGAAUAUACAGCUUCGGUUUGGGAAGGAAACAACAAAAGCGCGUACGUUCUCCAAGUCGUAGCAUUCGACGCUGACGAAGAUCGAAACUCAAAAGUUUUGUAUCAUAUUGUGGAUGGCAAUUUAGAUAAUGCCUUCAAAAUUGAACCAGCUUUUAGUGGAAUUCUCAAGACGAACAUAGUUCUCGACAGAGAAAUUAGAGACACGUAUAGACUCACUGUUAUAGCCACAGAUCAAGGCGUUCCUCAAAUGACGGGCACAGCCAGGAUUCGGAUCAAUGUAGUUGAUGUCAACGACAACAAGCCUACCUUUCCACCCCACAGCAUCAUUACAGUCAGUGAAGCCACUGAAGUAGGAACAGUUUUAACAACACUUACUGCUAACGACGUGGACUCAUUUCCACCCUUGAUGUACGACUUUUCUCGACAAAACGAAGACGAAAUUCGGGAGAUUUUUGAUAUUGACAGAUUCAGUGGAAAACUGGUGUUGAAGAAACCCCUUGAUUAUGAAGUGAGACAGGAAUAUAUCUUAAAGAUUACAGCUUCCGAUGUCGAUCAUACCGCAGAAACAACACUUACCAUACGAAUUACAGAUGUUAACGAUAACGCCCCGAAGUUCCUACAAGACACAUACAACGCAAUAUUGCCAGAUAGUCAAUCAUCCGACUUGAUUGAGAUUCUCACGAUUAAUGCAACUGACAUAGACUCGGGAGAAAACGCAAGGGUGAAGUAUACUCUGUUGACGCCUAUAUCUGGUUUUUCAAUCAGCGAGAUGGAUGGCAUUCUAAAAGUUAAUCAAAGCAAUGUAUCAUUGUCAGAACUUAACGAUUAUCAAAUCACCGUUAUCGCCACCGACACUGGGAAGCCGCCACUUCAUUCCACCGCAUCCGUUAAGAUUAAAUUAAACGGUGGGUCAGGAUACGAACCUACUUUUCAAAUGAAACCCUACAGAAUAAAAGUUCGUGAAAACAUCCUAAAGGGCUCAGUCGUUCUUCAAUUGCUGAAAACGUCUCACAAAACUAGCGGUAGUGGAAAUCUCUUCAUUUCAAAAGGAAAUGACGAAAACGUAUUUGAAAUCUCCAACCCUACUGGAACGUUAGCACUUGUGAAAAACUUGGACAGAGAAAUUCAAGACACGUACAACUUGGAAAUAAAAUCCAUGGACACUAUUGGAACUAAUAACUCCAUAAAUGUUUUAGUAGAAGUAGAAGAUGUAAACGACAAUGCCCCAGUGUUCAAGCAAUCUGAUUAUGAAGUAAACAUCAAUGAAGGUACUUCCAUUAACACAAGUAUCAUGAAAGUAAUUGCUACAGACUCAGAUCUUGCUGGCACUCCUCAUUCAGACAUUGUAUAUGAUAUUACGUCGGGCAAUGACUUCGGAUUAUUUCGUUUAGACCCGAAUUCUGGAAUUUUGUACGUAAACAAAACUCUUGACUACGAUUCUGGAACAAUAGAACAUAAUAUAGUCAUAAGAGCUUGUGAUAAAGGCACCCCAUCCCUGUGCACGCUUAAUUCAUUUCAAAUUAUUCUCGAAGAUGAUAACGAUAACCCUCCACAAUUUCCUGUAACAGAGUAUCUUGAAUAUGUGUCUGAAAAUGAACCUUUGGGCACGGCAGUUUUUACAGCCAGAGCAACAGACAUGGAUAAAGGGGUUUUUGGCAAUCUUAAUUAUUCGAUAUCAACUGCACUUUCCCAUGCAGAUGACUCCUGGAAACUUUUUCAUAUCGACGCUAUGUCUGGCUUGGUUACUACGAAUGCCGUUUUCGACUACGAACAAAAAAACCGGUAUAUUUUUACUAUAAAAGCUACUGACAUUGGAGGGAAGACAGCGUCCGUUAGGGUUCGUGUCGAAAUAGAAAGUAAAGAUGAGUUUCAUCCACAAUUUACCGAACGAACUUACCGUUUCGUUUUACCCACUCCACCAUCUGGAAGUCUUCCCGCCGGGUACGUUGUUGGACAUGUUACAGCAACAGACAGAGAUAAAGGCCCGGACGGCAGAGUUGUCUAUCAACUUACAAAUCAACACCCAUACUUCAAAAUGAAUAGAACAACUGGAGCCAUUUUAGUUAAGAGGAAAAUAAAAAAUUCGGAUGUUUUGGAAGAAGGAAAAGAUGUCAGCCUGGUUAUUACAGCAGGUUCUGGUCGACAAGGAUCUCUCACAAACAUGACAGUGGUAGAGAUUGUAUUAGAUCCACUGGCUGAUCCAGGUAUUCUCAAUGAAAAUGGGGCCACUGUUCCUGCAGCCAAUACUGGAAUAGCUGAUUGGGCACUUGGGCUUCUGAUUGCUUUUUUACUCUUGCUAUUAAUUUUUGGGGCCGUUUUUGUUUACUUGCACAUGCGAAAUAAACGAAACAAGAAAGUAAACAAACCUGGUCUUGGUGGAGAAGCUGUACCAUCACCAAAUAAUUACGUAGAUCCAAGUGCCUUUGAUACGAUUCCCAUCAGGGGUGGUGUGGUUCCAGGAGGUAAUAAUAAUCAGUUUGCUCCUCCAAAGUACGACGAAAUUCCACCUUAUGGUGCCCCACAUGCAGCUAGUUCUAAUUCUGGAGCUGCAACAACUUCAGAGUUAUCUGGUUCUGAUCAAUCAGGAUCUAGUGGAAGAGGAUCAGCUGAAGAAGGUGAAGAUGGAGAAGAUGAAGAAAUAAGAAUGAUCAAUGAAGGACCUUUGCAACGUGAUUCCGGUAUACAUCGACAAAACGAGGACGAUAAUUUGUCCGAUGUUUCCGUAAGAAACACUCAGGAAUAUUUGGCUCGACUUGGAAUAGUUCACAACGCAACGACUGGAGUUCCACAAACGGCCGCAAGAAAUGCGAACACCAAGGACGGUAUUCAUCAUCAUCAGAACGUUCCCUUGGAUGGCCUUCGAAUGUUUGAAGAAGAUGGACAUGGUGACAACGACAUCACGAAUCUCAUCUACGCAAAACUUAACGAUGUAACUGGUAGUGAUCGCGCGAGUUCGUCGGGUGAAGGCGCCGGGGUAGCGACGACAAACCUCGGUGGAACAAUGGACCACGUGAUGGCUAUCGGGGGUUACGGUGAAGUAACGGGAGUAACCCAUCAACCUUCAAUGAACGGUUCACUUAGUUCUAUUGUACAUAGCGAAGAAGAAUUAGCGGGUAGUUACAACUGGGACUAUUUGUUAGAUUGGGGACCGCAAUAUCAACCCCUCGCUCAUGUAUUCUCAGAGAUUGCAAGACUGAAAGACGAUACAGCUUCCGUACAAAGUGCGGCUAGUGGGAACUCGAGCGUAAAAAGCAAAAACUCCGUUGCACAAGUUAAGAGCAUUCCACCACCUUUAAUUACCAGCGUAGCUCCAAGAGCCAUCGCCUUGCCAGUGUUGAAUCCACGGGGUGGAUCUAGUCAUCACUUAUCGAGUGCUCAUAGUCAGGUUCACAUGCUUCCAAGAAGUCCCAUCAACCACGACGCUUCUGGGGCGACGUUCUCUUCUUCCGCUGCGAUGUCGCCGAGUUUUUCACCUUCACUAUCACCGCUAGCUACCAAAUCUCCAUCUAUUUCACCGUUGGUGGCUCCCGGAAUGCCAAAUACUCAUCGAGUCAUGCCGAGACCACCCCCACAAAGUAGAAGUAAAACUGUCGUCGACACAGAACUAAGAAUAUGAGACACUCUGCGUGAGUAAUUGUAUAAUCUUAAGUGAUUUGGCUGUGCUACAUAAAGAAAAAUUUACAGUAAUUUUAUUGUAUGUAUGUAAUACGAUGACGUAAUGUAAAAAAACUGUAGUUUAGUGUAAAUUUCUGUACAUAGUUUUUAUAAAUAGUAAUAUUGUAUUGCUCAUUUCAUAUUGAAUGCCAUGUUUAGCCAUAAGACUGUACUUAGUUAACAAUUGUAAAGAAAACAAUGAACUGUUAAAUUAUUGUUUGCAAAGAAUAUUUCUUAAUUUGUAUUUAAAAAGCACAAUAGUCCAAUGUCUGGACGGACGUGUAGUGAUAUGUUUACCGUAAUUUUAUAUCUUGAGCCUGUUAAAAAUUUUAAUACAAGACAAUUUGAAUGUACAAAUAAAUGAAUGA